GAGAGCAUUGAUCUGCUGAGUGGACUAAAGAUGGGGGAGCAAGGUGGUUGGCUGGAGGCUAACAGAGGAGACUGGGCGGCCAUCUUGGAUUCCCAGAACCAGACUGGUGCAGCCAAGGGCCCAGGGGACAAUGUCACUGAGCAGGACAGGACUAGAGGCAACAUAGUGGAGUCUCCAGUUCACGAGGACCUACUGAUAUCUGAUGUUACUGGCAGGAGAGACUGGACCUAUGAAGCGGCUGGUCACAAACCCUGGCACCAGAUCAGGACCAUGGAUCAGGAACCGUUGCUCUUCCUUUCCGAGUCAGAACCAGGACCCAACCGCAAGGGACAGAGACUCCACUACAUAGAACACAAGCAGUGGACAGAUGGACUAAGCCACCCCAGUCCUGAUGGUCAUCAGAGAGACGGAGCUGAUAGAGAGAGACCCUCCUGUUCCUAUGAUACAAACACCACAGUAUCCAUGAUGAACAGAGCAGGUCACCCUGGGCUUCAGCCUUCACAGAGAGUGGUGGGAGACCCCCUUGGUGGUAGUCUAUCAGCAAAUCUGUCUUCUCCUUCAGGGUCUCAUCUAAUGCCUAGUGACUGGGUUCAUAGGAGACCUGGGUCUAGCCUUCCUCAGUUAACUCAUGGUUACCCCACGAAUACAGACAGGGUCACGAUGGGCGUUCACCACGAGAGGUUCCUAGCCUAUAACACAGCACACAAUACCAACAACACACAAAAUAUGACUAGAGGUCAAGGAGGGAGCUCAAAGACUAACCACCUGAGUGUGGUGGAUCCUGCUUCUACCUCCUCUGGUGUCAAUGCGUCACAAUGUGGGAAGUCGAGCAUUACGACUGACGCUGACAAGCCGUACGCCUGCCCCACAUGUGGAAAACGCUUCGCUCAUGCGUACUAUGUGAAGACGCAUCAAACCGUUCACACCAAGGACAAGCCCUUCAAGUGCAAACUAUGUUACAAGAGCUUCUCCUUCCUGACUAGCCUGAUCAGACAUAGGAGUGUCCACAACGGGGAGAAAUUGUAGCAGUGUGGCUUGAGAUGUACGCAGGGGAUAUCCGGGAACUAUUCUUUAGCUAAAAUAUUAUAGUUAUCAUUUGAAGUGUCUUAGGGUAAUUAACCACAUACCCCUGAUUAAUCCUUUGUUAACUUGUCAUUUGAAACAGGCUUGUGUAAAUCUGUUUUUAGAGAGACUGUAAACCUAGGCUAGUUCAAACACAACUGAAUAGUUACCAUACUUAGUAGACGUAAUAAAGUCAUUAUUUUCAACUC